CCGUCGCCCCACCUCUCACCUCUCACCUCACGCAGAAGCCGCACCCAAGCCCACCAAAACCCCCGAAACCAGACACAUUUCCACGCCGGCGAGAAAGAAGAAAGAAAGAAAAAGGCGAAGAAGAAAUCAAAAAGGCGAAGAAGAAAUCAAAAUUCCAAGACCGCUCCAGGGGGCGGUGGCGGUCCGGCUAGGGUUCCGCCGCGUCCCGAUCCCUCCCACCUGCGAGCCGAGGAGCCCCGGCCUCCGCAGCUCGCCCACCACCAUGCCCGCGACCAACCUCUCCCCCUUCCUCUUCCUCGCCCUCUUCCUCCUCCUGGCGACCGCCGCCCGGCCAGAGGGCCUCGGAGGCGCCGAAGACGACGCUUGCCCUGCCGGCCUGCCUUCCGGCGGCAACUCCUCCACCUCCGUCGCCGCCUCCUCCUCCUCCUGCCCCAUCAACUGCUUCCGGGCCGAUCCUGUCUGCGGCGUCGACGGCGUCACAUACUGGUGCGGCUGCCCGGAGGCCGCGUGCGCCGGCGUCCGGGUGGCCAAGAGGGGACCCUGCCAGGUGGGUAGCGGCGGCAGCGGCCUCGUCUCUGGCCAGGCCCUCCUCCUCGUCCACAUCGUCUGGCUCAUCGUCAUCGGCUUCUCCGUCCUGUUCGGCUUUCUAUGAAUCAAUCAAUCAAAUCGCCUUCGUCCCGAUGGCCGCCAUCGGCUUCCCCACCCCUGCAGCCUUCCUUUCCCUUCUCAUCCAAUUUUUCUUUCGUUCCGUAGCCUCUCUCUCUCU